AUGAGAAAAGUAGAGUCAUUCAAAUACAUUGAAGAUGACAACAAACAGAAAUAGGUAGUGCAGAGUCAUGUGGAUAACGAUCAGUUAUUUUAUUUAUAUAUAGUAGUCAUCAUUCAAAUGAGCAUUAAACACCAGAAAAAUUCAAGAACUCAAGUUUUGACCGAGGUUACAAAUAACGAUAGGGUUCUUUUGAUCAAUUUAAUCGAAUUCAAUUUCACGAGUAAAUUAAGUGAUUGAUUGUGUAGGGAAACAUUCCCAUAAGACAGUAAUUAUGAGAGAAAUUUCGAUAAUUCAAAAAUGUCUGAGUAUUCACUCCAAAGCAUUGAAAGAGAAGACAUGGUUGAAGACAGAGUUAAUAAUCACACACUACAUAAAUCCAUCCAUGUCUAUUCCAAAUUUAUAUCUUCAGCCUCCCAUCAACUCAAUAUGUAAUAAAAACCAGAGCCAGAUCCUGAAAAACUAAGAAUUGCUAUGGAUCUCCUAAAUGCACUAAAUCCCUAAUAAGAGGUAGAACCUGAAAAUUUAAAUGAUAUCGAAUACGAGAAAAUCACACGUAGGCAUGCAAAACUAAUAAAAAGGAAUACCAUGAAGGACCCAUACUAUGUAAGAUUAGUGAAACUAUCGGAAUUUCAAAGAUUAAAUUAUGAGUUGCAAGUAAUUUUUUUAAAUUUAAAAAGAAAUAUAAUGACAAUUUACCAUUGUUAAAUCUACGAAAGAGCUUUAUAUAUCUCAUAUACAGUAUUCCAAUAAUGGCAAGAAAAAUAGUUAACAAUUUUUUAUUCAAAAUUUUGAUGACUUUUCUGAUCUUAUUUAAUGUUGUAUUGUAUAUAGUUGUAAAAACAAACGGAAGAACAGAUACUGAUAACAUAGAGGAAGUAGUUAUGAUACUAUUUAUUUCUGAAAUAGGAUUGAGAAUUAUAGCAAGUGGAGUGUUUUUUAAUGAUUAUGCUUUUUUUAGAAAUAUGGAAAACAUCUAUGAUUUUGUACUAAUAUUCUUCACUGCAAUGAAUCUUUACUACCCUGAAAUCAUCAUCAUUGAUAUAUCACCUCUAAGAUUGGUAACACUAUUGAUGUAUCUGACAAAUAUAUUCCAGGGAUUGAAUGUAAUGAUGACUGCACUGAGAUAAUCAUUUAGGUUCUUGGUGGAAGCAUUGAUGAUAGUGAUACUGUUUUCGUUGAUAUUCGCAUCGAUGGGUAUAUUUCUAUUCCAAGGGUUGUUCAAUUAUAGAUGUCAAUAUGAGAAUGGCGAUGAAACUGAGGGUUGGAUAUAAUGCAAUUAAGGUCAAUGUCCCUCCGAUAUGCAUUGUAUGUAUAGUGAUUACACUCCCAAGAUGCCAACUUCAUUCAAUAAUUUGAUUGGUUCUUUAGGAUAAAUUCUAAGAACAAUUACAAUGGAUGAUUGGAGUUGGGUGAUGUUUUUUACAAUGAGGAUAUUUCAUCCCUGGGUUUGGCUCUAUUAUUUGCUGAUCAUCUUUAUUGGAGGGUUCUUCGGAUUCAACAUCGUAAUUGCAGUGUUGAAGGUUCACUAUUCAGAGGCAACGCAAGAAAAUAAGAAAAGAGAAGAGGAGAGGGAAAUCUAGAAGAGAUUGAAGGAAGAGGAGGAAUAUCCAGAAAAAAAUCUAAUAGAAAUACUGGAUGUUGCACAUUUGCGAGAAAUUGGUAUCUAUAAGGUGAUCAAGAAAUACAGAACCAAUUUAAAUGAAGCAUCAUUUGUCAAAUAUUCUAUUGAAGAUCCUUCUAGCUUUAAGAAGUCAUAUCAAACUGAAAGAACCUUAUCUGCCAAAUAAAAACAAAUGGAAAGUGGAAUCGUUAAGCUACCAUUCAUUGAAUAUAUAACCAGUUUCACUUGGAAGAGGUUCCUACUACCAAAAUUUGAUCUUCUAGAUGCCUUAAUUAAGAAAAUCAAAGCACUAAAUUAUACUGAUAAUGAAUUCAAAAUGAAGGUUAUUGAAAAAUUAAAAACUAUCAAAUUUUCAAGAUUAUAACCCCAAGUGAAUAAGGAUGUCAAGCAAAAUUAUAGUUCGUAGAAUGAAAUCUUACUCAGAUUUAUGUAAUUAUCAUUUUGAUUAUAUUUAGUGAUUAGUAGGAUUUAAUUCAGAAGGAAAAGAACUUUAAUCUAGAAAAGAUAAGAUCCACAAAAUUCAAGAUGGUUUAUCAUCAGAUGAAAAUUGAGAAGGAAAAACUGUAUGGCAAAACUCAAUUUGCAAAAUCUAGUUUUCCUACAAAGAGCAAGGCCUCAUCUCCCUUUCUGAGCAUUUAUCAAAAGAAGGCUGAGUAGAGCACAGAUUCUAUUAUUAAUUUUGAGAAGGUUGGGCAUAAAUUAUUUAAUAAAAUGAAAGCCUCUUAGAUUGUUGAAACCUAAUAUAAAGAAUUUUCUAUUAUAAAGAAUGGAUAGCAUUGUAUAUAUGUUUAAGGAUAUUACCUAAAUUAUAAAAGAGUUAAUGAAAAAAUGAAUUAAAAAAUCCCCUUAGUAAUUCACAAUCAGGUGUCAAACAAAUUCAAAUAUUAGGGCAUGAGAAUGAAGGAGUACUAAAAUCACAAAACCAUUACCAAACAUAAUUGGUCUGGUAAAGAUGUGCUUGAAACCAAUAAAAAGAGAUUGCUGUAUUUUCAUAUAGUUUUAUAAUUGCUUAACAAAGUUGAUAUAAUUAUUUGGAUUAAUGGAGUUACAGGAUUGUACAUAAUGUCAUAAAAAUAUGCAUAUAUAAUAGCUACUAGCAGAUUUAGUCAAUUCUUCUUUGAUUUAGUAAUCCUUAACAAUUUUACAUUUCUAUCGCUUUAAGGAAUUGUUGAUAUCAAUAUAAUAUCAAAAGUGGAGGAUAUCUCAACAAUAUUUUUAUGCUUUGAAUUAGUAAUGAGAUUUUUGGGUUUUAGAUUCAAAGAUCUUUUAAGGUCUCCUGAUCUAAUAUUAUAAUCUGCAAUUGUGAUCAUCAACUUUUUUGAAUUGACUAUCAGUGAUUAUAUGACAACCUAUUUGAGUGAAUAGAAUUUGAGAUUAAUUAGAGGCACAAAAUGUUUGCUGUUCUAUAGAUGUCUUAAAUAUAAUAAGAUGGCAAUCACAAUUGGUCAUAUUGCUUCUAUGACUUUCGAUUAAUACAUCUAUUUGGCUUUCCUUAUGUUUUUAGUGAUAUUCAUGUAUGCUCUAACUGGAAUGGAAAUGUAUGUCGGGAAAUUCGAUUAAAAUGAUACCCUUGGAUAAUUGCAUUCUUAUGAGAAUAUCUUUAAGUCAUUUAUGACAAUCUUCAAUAUUAUGACAAAUGAUGAUUGGUAUGGUGUGUACGUGAUUGGAAGUGACAUUGAUUUUACAUUCUCCAUCAUCUACUCAUUUUCCAUGGUUCUAAUUUUAAAUUAUCUAACUUAUGGUUUGGUUAUGGCUGUGUUAUUGGAUGGAUUUGGAAAGUAUUUAGAUUAGCCAGUGGAGGAAAUUCAAAAUGAAAUGCAGAAGAACAUUAAUGAAUAAUUGUAGCAUAUUACACAGAACUCGGAUGAAAUACAAAUGCAAUUAGUUGAGACCUUUUAGGAAUCAAUAUAUACGAAUAAGAAUUUGACCAAUGAGGAAUUCAAUAAAUCUAAGCCCAAUUUAAUCUACAACUUGAUUAAGUCAAUAAGUAAAUAUUAAAAUCAAGAUAUUUUUAGAAUAAAUUAAUAGAAGACUGUUAUCAAGAACACCAAAAUUAUAUGAGGGCAUAGAAUGCGAAUCAUCUCUGUUUUUAUUUGAGAAAGACAAUCUAUUUCGUACUGUAUUAACUCACAUAACUACAUCCAUGAUUUACGUCUAUUUAAUGGACAUUGUUACGUAUCUGUCUAUCAUAGCUUUCAUCCUAAAAACCUAUAAUGAUUACGAAACAGAUAGUGAAUCAUAUCCAGACACUCUGUAAUUCUCAUGCAAUAUAAUUCAAUUGGCAGAUACAAUAUUCAAUGUAAUUGCAAAGGGAUUGUUCAUGGAUAAAGGGUCCUACUUAGUAUCCACAUUCUAAGUUUUUGACUUCAUCUAUCAGGUCUCUAAUAUCAUAGCAUUUGGUAGUAACCCUGAAGAUUUCAAGCCUAUCCUCAAAAUCCUACUUUAUUUAGGCUACUUCAGACCAAUGAAAUUGAUGUAUAGAUUGAGUUGGUUGACAAAUUUAAGAGAGGCCAUUGGAAGAUCCUUGUUUGAUAUUUUCAAUGUCUUAAUCACUCUAUUGUCAGUGUGGAUAAUGUUUGGAGUGUAUGGCAUUAUACUGUUCGAAUAAUAAUUUGGAUAUUGCGAAGAUAAAAUGGCUUUUGAAGUGAAUAAAGAAACUUGUCUAGGAGAAGGUAAAAUAUGGGUCAAUUAUAAACAUAAUUUCGAUAACAUUACGAUUGCCAUUCCCACAUUAUUUGUCACUGCCUCUUUGGAUGGAUGGGGAGAAAUUUAUUAAGUUGCUGAGAAUAGUUAAGUGGCUUCGAUAGGUCCUUAGGGAUUCAAUUCAUAUGUGGUUACUUACAUCUUCUUCCUGCUUUUUGUAUUCAUUGGCUCAAUGUUCUUCUUGAGUCUUUUCACAGGAGUGCUUUAUACAAAUCUCAAGAAAAAUCAGAAGGAAAUUGAAAACACUGAAGUCACACAAUCACAAAAGGAAUUUAAAGAAAUAUCAUCCAUGCUAAUAAAGGAUUUUCCGUAAUUCUCAACUCCGCCCACCAGUGGAAUAAGAAAGAUAUCUUCUGAUAUUACAAGUAGUGCAACACUUUAGAAAUGUUUAUUUCUACUUCUGUGGGUUGAUUUCAUCAUCCUAUUGAUGUUCACAUCAGAAAUGAGUGAUGAGUACUUCAGAGCUAUUAAUGAUGUCCAUAAUGCAUUAAGUGGAAUAUAUCUAGUUUGGAUUAUCCUAUUGUUUUUGGCCUUGGGAGUGAAUAGAUUUUUUGAUAAUUAUUGGAGAAGAUUUUAUUUCUUCUUAAUAGUGAUUGCAAUCAUAGAUUUCGUUGCAGACUACUCAGUGGAUUGGAUUAUGAUAUAUUAUAAGUCAACUCCUAAUGAUAGUGGAUACUAAUUACUUAGGUUGUUCUUCUCCUUAAGAAGUCUAAGAAUCAUACUGAUAUUCUAAGGAUUUAUCAAUUUACAAAGAUUGAUUAAUGUGAUUCUAUUUGCAUUGCCAUAUCUGGGCAAGAUCUUUUCUAUUUUGAUAAUCACAAUGCUAGUAUUUGCUUUAUUUGGUUGUCAGUUAUUUGGUACAAUAGAUAAAGGAUAAGUGUUGGAUGACUAACUUAACUUUAUGACAGCUGCCAGUGCCAUGAUGACACUCUUCAAAUGUGCAUCAGGUGAUGAUUGGAGAACAGUUAUGACAGACACAAUGCAUUACAAUCCAUUAUGUUGGGAAGAUCCUAAAUAUUGUGGAUCAUUUGCUAGUCAAAUCUACUUCUUCUUAUUCAUGUUCUUUUCCACUUAUGUUCUUUUAACACUCUUUUUGUUAAGUUUGGUAGAACAGUUUGAAUCCUUUUUCCAAUUAUAAGACUCACCCAUUCAAUCUUAUGUAGAAAAUAUUGAUAAAAUUAAAACUAUUUGGUGCAAGUACUCCUCUGAAACGCAAGGGUAAACCAUGCAUUAUAAAUUCUUAUGCAAAUUCCUGUUAGAUAUUGGCAAACCACUAGGGGGAGGAGAGGAAGAGAAUCUUUGGGAUGUUGCUAAGAUUGCAUCAUCAUUUAAAUUAAAAUGGUAAUUCCUUUAGAUUUAUUUAUAGCGAUCUUCACGGUUACAUUCAAUACAAUCAAUUGAUUUAUGAAUUGUUCAGAGUGAAAUUCCAUGAUGAUGUAUUCAAGGAAGGCAGUCACGAUUCUAUCAAAUAAAUUAAGUAGUUCAACAAAGAAAUGCAAUUACGUCUAAUGUAUUACAGGAAAAAUAGACAUAUUGAAAGAUCGAACAUCAGUUCGGCACUUUAAUUAAAGGCUAAUUUCAAUAUUCUCCAUGAUUAUCUUACUGUGUUGAUUCUCUUCAAAUCUUGGCAAUCAUAUAGCAGGAUCCUCAUAAGAAAGCUAUCAAACAAAUAGAAUCAAUUUUCAGACGAUGCUAUAUCUAGACAUACUGAACUAGAAUAGAAGUAACUAUUCCCCUUUUUUAUUAUUAGUGAUAAGAACAAUGUUAAUGACCUUAUGGAACCAGAAAUGUUGGAGCCAUCAUGUGAAGAGGCGACUUUCAAUUAUAAUUUUGAUAACAAAAAGCAUCAUCACACAAAUGAAAGUUAAAAUUAAUCAAAUAUUGAAUUGCCAAUCUAUCAAGGUGCUUCGCCAUUCUCCAUUCAAGAAGAAGAUGUCAAAAUAAUCCUCUCUGCAGUGGGUGAAAAGUAGCCCAUUUUGUGA